ACGUUUGCGCUGGCACGUGCGAAAAGAAAUCUCCGUGCUCGGUCACAGAUCGAGCAUCGGAUUGACUAAAAUCGGGUUCUUCUGAAAGGAGCCCCCAAAUUCCCAAUCUCUCCUGACCUAAUAACUCCCAGAAGGCAGACCCAGAAGAAUACCAUCGUCUCGUUCGAUCAAACAGUUUUGUUGAGAAAACAAUGGGGAAGCAGCCAGUAAGGAUGAAGGCUGUUGUGUACGCUUUGUCCCCUUUCCAGCAGAAGGUAAUGCCUGGGCUCUGGAAGGACCUGCCCGGCAAGAUCCACCAUAAAGUCUCCGAGAACUGGUUCAGUGCCGUCCUCCUCCUCUCUCCCCUCAUCGGCACCUACACAUAUGUCCAACAUUACCAGGAAAAGGAGAAGUUGGAGCACCGCUUUUGAAGUGCAUAGAUGUCCACUUUCACAGUAAAGCUCCUCCUCGUUUUGCUACAACUUUGAUGAAGUUGUGUCAAGAGAUUUGAGUUAUUGGGAAUUUUUCGGACAAUAUAUGUUUGCCUACUUUUGCUUGUUAAAAUAAAUUGGUUGAUUCGGUCAUCAAGUGCACGAGUCUGAUGUAAAAUGUGGAACUGCAUAAUUAUUGAGAGUGCAUCUUCUUUAAUAAUUUCUAAUCAAGUCACUCAUCUAAUCUUCAGGUCAAUACUUUAUAUAUCAUGCAGCCGGAAAAGUGGGAUUCAUUAAAUGUGUUUGCUAUAAACGCCGGCCGGCCCCAAUGGAUAAUGGAACUUCUCCGGUAGAUUUGCUACUUUGUGUUUGUUUUUCUACACGUAGAUGUGUUACUUAUUUAUACUAUAACUAAGCAUGGGAUCUUUGAUAUCA